UAUAUAUAAUUACAGUAAUAAAAUACAAGAGUUAAUAAUUAUUUUUUAAUAAAAAAAAAUAUUCUUUAUUUUAUUUUUAUUUUUGUAUUGGAUAAUUUGUUUUCGAAAAUAAAAAAGUUUUUUUAAUUCACUACAAGGAAGUCAUAAAUAAUUAAAAAAUGUUUAUAAAUAAAUUUACAAGAAUUUCUUCACAUUUAUUUGUGAUUGCUCUUUUUUUAAUAAAAGAGAGUAGAAGCGAGGAUUGCAAUCUAAAUCGAUCACUAUCUAUUGGAGAAUAUAUGAAUAUACAUAAUCCUAACUAUCCAGGUUGGGAUUCUGGAAAAUUUAAAUGCAUCUAUUCAGCAAACACCAAUGAAGACAAUAGACUUCAACUAAAGUGUAAAUUAGGCUUGCCUACUUCACAAUUAUGUGACUCUCAAACUUUUGCUGUGUUCAAAAAUCCUAGCAGUCUUUUAAAUAUUCCUAGUUUUUUUUAUGGUAAUGGGACCUUUAGAAGAAAAUCAAUAAAAAAUGAAAUUACGAUUGUUUAUGAAGGGUCAGAAAAUUCAUCUAGCGGAUAUUUUCGUUGUAAUAUUACUGCGGUUGCUGCAUCAACAUUGCCUGAAAAAUCAGUUUAUCGAUUUCCUUAAUAUAAUAUAUUAUGGGUUUUCAUUAAAAUUAUAAUAAAUUCUUAAAUAGAAAUCAACACUGAAAAAAAAUGUUGCCGAGAAAUUCAACUACUAUUGGGUAGUUGACUAGAAAGUAGUUAAAAUAACUACUUUUUUAUAGUUAAUCUAAUUAUGUUCAUGUAGUUAAUGUAACUAUUUUUAAGAAGUUAAUAAGUAAUAGUUGAUUUUACGAAAAUAUGUACCCAAUCAAAAAUUUA